UCUUCCCUCUCCUGUCUCCUGCAGGACAGUCGUGUGGGGCAUCCACACCGUUUGAAAGAUGACAGCCAAGCAGACAGAGCCAGUCACGAUCAUCAGCCUUCGGGAGCUGAACCUAGCGACCCCAGAGCCACGGCCGAGAGAGUCAAAGACGUUCACCGUGGAAGAAGCCGUGGAGACCAUCGGCUUCGGACGUUUCCACAUUGCGCUGUUUCUGAUCAUGGGCAGCACAGGGGUUGCCGAGGCCAUGGAGAUCAUGUUAAUAGCGGUUGUGUCUCCUGUCAUCCGCUGUGAAUGGCAGCUGGAGAACUGGCAGGUGGCACUCGUGACCACAAUGGUGUUUUUUGGCUACAUGGUAUUCAGCAUCCUCUUUGGCCUCUUGGCUGACAGAUAUGGCCGCUGGAAGAUUUUGUUCAUCUCGUUCCUGUGGGGAGCUUACUUCUCCUUGCUGACUUCAUUCUCUCCAUCGUACAUCUGGUUUGUCUUCCUGCGGACCAUGGUGGGCUGUGGCGUGUCUGGCCAUUCACAAGGGCUAAUCAUAAAGACUGAAUUCUUGCCUACAAAAUAUCGAGGCUACAUGCUCCCCUUGUCUCAGGUUUUCUGGCUGGCUGGAUCCCUGCUCAUCAUUGGCUUGGCCUCCGUGGUCGUCCCCACCAUCGGGUGGCGCUGGCUUAUCCGCAUUGCCUCCAUCCCUGGUAUCAUCCUCAUCAUGGCCUUCAAGUUUAUUCCUGAAUCUGCGCGGUUCAAUGUCUCCACCGGGAACACUCAGGCUGCCCUGGCUACACUGGAACGCAUCGCCAAGAUGAACCGCUCAGUCAUGCCGGAGGGGAAGCUGGUGGAGCCCAUCCUGGAAAAGAGAGGAAGAUUUGCAGACUUAUUGGAUGCUAAAUAUUUACGGACCACGUUACAGAUCUGGGUCAUAUGGCUGGGCAUCUCUUUUGCCUACUACGGGGUCAUCCUGGCCAGUGCCGAGCUGCUGGAGCGGGACCUAGUCUGUGGCUCGCGGUCUGAGUCCGAGGUGGCCGUAACCGUGGGGGUCUUGGAGGAGAGCCAGAGCCCCUGUUACUGCCACAUGUUCGCCCCCUCUGACUACAGGACCAUGAUUAUCAGCACCAUUGGCGAAAUUGCUCUGAAUCCUUUAAACAUCCUGGGCAUUAAUUUCCUUGGGAGACGGCUGAGCCUUUCUAUUACCAUGGGAUGUACGGCUUUAUUCUUCCUGCUCCUCAAUAUUUGCACCUCAAGUGCCGGCCUCAUCGGCUUCCUCUUCAUGCUGAGGGCUCUGGUGGCAGCCAACUUCAACACCAUCUACAUUUACACUGCUGAGGUCUACCCCACGACGAUGCGUGCUUUGGGGCUGGGGACCAGCGGCUCCCUGUGUCGCAUUGGAGCAAUGGUGGCACCAUUUAUAUCCCAGGUUCUUAUGAGUGCAUCGUUCCUGGGGGCCCUGUGUCUUUUCUCAUCUGUCUGUGUGGUAUGUGCCAUUUCUGCAUUUACUCUCCCCAUUGAGACCAAAGGUCGCGCCCUACAGCAAAUUAAAUGAAGAUCUGCAAAUCUGUGUCUACCAAAGAAGAAAAAUGUAUUUUCAUCUUCACAAAGAAUUGUGGCACAUUUAAAAACACCUGGUUUAAUUUUGGUAUACUACUUGGUAGUUAAGAAAUUGAUCAUGUAUUUUUGAAAAACAAGAGGAUGAAAUAAGUUAGCUGUAUAUACAGUCUCUUAGGGAAGACAUCAAUACAGAAGUUUCAUAAAAUAUACAUUAAGGUUGGUGAGGGAUAUCUAGGGGAGGGAGAAGCUGGCUUUCAUUGCUUGGCAUCAAGUCUGUUCAUGUUUAUAUGAAUAAUAAGUAUCAGACAAAACCUAUACUUGAUAUUCUCCCUGAGGUAUACAUCAAAAGCUGUAUUAAAAUUUUGUAGCUAACAGUGUCAGACUUUAUUUUUCUGGGCUCCAAAAUCACUGCAGAUGGUGACU